AUGGCCCCCCGGCAGAUCUCGGUCUCUGAGAUCUCCGCGCACAACAAGGACACCGACUGCUGGAUCGUGGUCGAUGGAAAUGUAUGGGACAUGACCAAGUUUGCCCCAGAACACCCAGGCGGGCCUGGGAUCAUCUACAAAUACGCCGGGCGCGAUGCGACGAAGGCAUACAACGAAAUCCACUCGCCGUCCUUGAUCAAAACCAAUCUCCCGGCCGAUGCACUGAAGGGCGUGCUCGACACAUCCACCAUCACGGAAGAAUGGAAUCGGCCAGCACCAGAUGAGACACCCAAGGCCCGAUCGACCUCGACGGCCGAGAAACCGCCUCUCGAGUCCAUCAUCAACGCGCACGACUUCGAGCUGGCCGCCGAGCACAGCGCGACCGCAAAGACAUGGGGCUUCUACAGCUCGGCCGCGAACGACCUGGUGACCAAGGAGCUGAACGCCUCGUUGUUCCGCCAGGUCUUGUUCCGGCCACGGGUGAUGCGGCGGGUCGACCAGAUCAACACGGAAACCGACAUCCUCGGCAUCCCCGUGUCGUUCCCACUGAUGGUGUCGCCCGCGGCGAUGGCCCGCUUGAUCCAUCCGGACGGCGAGCUGGCGAUCGGGCGCGCCGCCAAAGAGAAAUCCAUCGUGCAGUGCAUCUCGAACAACGCGUCGUACUCGGCCUCUGAGAUCGUGUCGCAGCCCCAGGUCAACGAAUACCCGUUCUUCUUCCAGCUGUACGUCAACCGCGACCGACCCAAGUCCGAAGCCCUGCUCCGGCACAUCCACACGCACAAGAACAUCCGCGCCAUCUUCGUCACGACGGACGCGGCGGCGGCGGGCAAACGCGAGGCCGACGAGCGCGUCAAGGCGGACGAAAACAUCCAGAACCCGAUGAUGACGACGAAGCCCAAGAACGACAAAAAGGGCGGAGGCUACGGCCGUCUGAUGGGCAGCUUCAUCGACCCCAACCUCAACUGGGCCGACAUUGCCUGGCUGCGCUCCCAGACGAAACUGCCUCUGGUGCUGAAGGGCAUCAUGUCGGCCGACGACGUGCGCCUCGCGCUGGACCACGGCCUGGAGGGCGUCGUGCUGUCCAAUCAUGGCGGCCGGAACCUCGACACCUCGCCGCCCGCGCUGCUCGUGCUGCUCGAGAUCCACGCCCGCUUCCCCGAAAUCAUCACCCAGCAUCACCCGCGCUCCGAGGCCGUGCGCUCCGGCCAGGCCAAGCCCUUCUCCAUCUUCGUCGACGGCGGGAUCCGCCGAGGCACCGAUAUCCUCAAGGUCGUCUGUCUGGGCGCCGUGGCCGCGGGCAUCGGCCGGCCCGCUCUGUUUGCCACGGGAUACGGCCAGGACGGCGUGGAGCAGUUGAUCGAUAUCCUCAAGGACGAGUUCGAGGUCUGCAUGCGCAACAACGGCAUCACCAGUAUCGACGAGUGUUCGCCGGAAUAUGUCAACACUGGCGCCGUCGACAAGUGGGUCGUCAAGAGGAGAGAUCAUCCUUACGCCGUGCAUUGGGCCAAGGACAAGCUGGUCACCAAGAGUCUCUUUGGGACCGGCCGCGAAAGCAAGCUGUAA